AUGGGUUCUCUUUAUCACAACGACGAGCUUGAAGCAGUAUGCUCAGCUCUCCAAUCCAUAACCCAACGCUUAGCAUCAACAACGCAAGAUGUUAAAAACGACCCUAUCAUCAAAGUCGCACAACCCUCAGACGUUCCCUACCUCCAAAAGAUAGGAACACCAGGUCAAGCCCACUCAAUCGACCAAGUCCUCCAAGAAGCCUUCACCGCAUUCGACCACCGCAUGCGCGUCAACCACCCUCGCUUCAUGGGCUUCAUCCCCUCUCCCACAUCGCCCGUAGCUUGGCUAGGCGACAUAGUAGCCAGUGCAUUCAAUGCACUCGGUGCUUCGAAGCUUCAAGCCUCAGGACCUGUUGUUAUUGAGAAGACGUUGAUUGAGUGGUUGGCGAGGAGGGUUGGGUUUCCCGCCAGUGCAGGGGGGAUCUGUGUCUCUGGUGGUUCAAUGGCGAAUCUGAUGGGGAUUGUGCUUGCGCGAGAUCGCUUUGUGCCACGUGGUGAAACGGGCAAGGCCGUGGCCUAUCUCUCGGACCAGACGCAUUAUUCUGUUGCGAAAGCUAUGAGGAUGCUAGGGUUCGACAAAGAGCAGAUCCGACGACUGCCUGCGGAUGAAGACUUUAGACUUGACCCGGCUCUUUUGGCCAAAACAAUUCAGGAUGAUCGCAAAGCCGGUCUUGUACCAUUUUUGGUGGUUGGGACUUGUGGAACAACAAACACAGGCGCCAUCGAUCCUCUACCCGAAAUCGCAGAGAUUUGCCAAAGGGAACAGAUCUGGCUGCACGUCGAUGGCGCCUACGGCGCUUCAGCAACUCUAUCCGCGACACGCCACGAGACAGUCGAUGGCCUCAAGUACGCCGACAGCAUGUCAUGGGACGCGCACAAGUGGCUUUUCCAAACCUACAGCUGCGGUCUCCUCUUGGUAAAGGACAAGGCGAAUCUGGUCCGAAGCUUUGCGAACGAGGGAGAUUAUCUGCGUGAUGGCGUAGCGAUUGAAGAUGAGGAUAUUCCAAACUUUUGGAACUACAGCAUGGAACUUACUAGACCUGCAUCGCGGGCUAUGAAGUUGUGGUUUACACUCAGGGUCAUUGGUGUCGAGAGGAUUGGGGAGAUGAUUGAUCAUGGAUUCGAUCUUGCUGAGCGGGCGGAGGAGGAGUUGAGAAAACUACCUGACUGGGAGAUUGUCAGCGCUGCUAGCUUGGGCGUCAUAACAUUCCGUUAUGCGCCUGAGGGCCUAACAAAAGAUGAGCUCGAGAUUAUCAACACUGAUAUCUCAAAGAGUCUCAUCUCGAGUAACAAGGCUGGCAUCUUGACUACCAAGGUUCGAGGAAAAGUAGCCUUGAGGAUCUGCGCACUGAGUCCGCAGUUAGCGCUGGACGACAUGUCAGAGAUAAUCCACGAAGCCAAUCUUCUCGCCACAAACAGCACAAACACUAGCAAUGGAGUAAAACAUUAG